AUGCCGACACUUGGAACUGCUUACACAUUUGCAGAUGACCAGAUUUUCGAAUACCCGUGUAGAAACAUACCUGGUUUCCAGAACAGACAGCUCCGUUUCUGUGAACAAAACGAGGAGUUUGUCCCGACCGUCGCUGAGGGCGCCAACAAGGGUAUCGUGGAGUGUCAGUUUCAGUUCAAAGGACGCCGAUGGAAUUGUACAACAAUUGACGGAGACGAGUCUGUGUUCGGAAAAGUUUUACAAAGAGGUUCGAGAGAGAAGGCUUUCGUGAAUGCCAUAUUUUCCGCAGGUGUAGCGUACUCUGUCAGCAGAGCGUGUUCCAGGGGCGACUACCUUGGAUGCAGCUGUGACACACGGCACCAGGGCCCGACUGAUCAACCCCACCAGAUAGUUGCAAACAGCACGUGGCGAUGGGGAGGGUGCAGCGAAGAUGUUGACUUCGGUAUCGACUUUAGCCGAAAGUUCACCAGCUCCAAAGAGCUCAGGAACAGGGCCAGUGUCAUCAUGGAUAAACACAAUGACGAGGCUGGACGCAAGGCAGUAUCAGACAGUCUCGAGUUGAAGUGCAAAUGUCACGGUAUAUCGGGAAGCUGCGAGCUCCAGUCCUGCUGGUGGCAGAUGAUCCCGUUCCGUAAACUCGGCCUGUUGAUGAAAGAUAAGUACGACAGCGCUGCCGAGAUGCGGAUCGUCCGUCAGUCCGAGGCACGGGGCCGCAUCGAGACCCUGCAGCCCAAAUCACUCCUCUAUAAACCGCCGACCAAGGCUGACCUGGUGUACUACGAGAGCUCACCGGACUACUGCGAGUUCAACCCCGAGCUUGGCUCUCUCGGCACGGUGGGUCGCCAGUGCAACAAGACAUCCAACGCGAUCGACGGGUGCCAGCUCAUGUGCUGCGGCAGAGGGUACAACACCAUCGUGCACCAGGUAACGGAGCGUUGCAAUUGCCAGUUCGUCUGGUGCUGCAAGGUCCUGUGCGACAAUUGCGAAAGGAGUUAUGAGAUUCACACGUGUAAAUAAAACAAUUGAAAAUAGGAUACUGGGUUCCUUUUUUUAUUAUCCCUUUUUUUGUUUUACCUCUUUCAAACAUUGUCAUUGCCGUGUUGACCUGGGAAUUGAUUUUUGACUACCGUUGGUUACAAUGGUAACAAUGAAGAACUCAACUUUUAACUGAUAAACGCCAUAUUCAAAUCCCUUUUCUGACCUUUUAGGACUAUUUUGGCAAAGUUUCGGCUUUAAUUUGCCAUUUCGAGGACUCUUUUUAGAUUAAUCGCACACAAGUUUCGUAGAGGAACAAUGACUCAAUGAACUCGCUGGUCUAAUCUGACAUAGCGAGCGGCUUUAACUAUAGGCAGAAGGUGUCACUAAAAUAAUGCAUUGCAAGCAGACAGUUGUGGGCCAGUUACUAGUAACUUUAACAUCAUGCUGCCCGAUUCGCCACAAAAGCGACACAACAUUUGUGUUGACCCUUUCGGUAUCUACCUAUACAAUUUGAACUAUACUUUAGGUGCCCGAUGCAUUGAUAUAAUGAUAAUAUUCCCUCAUAUAAAAAGAGAACCCAGAGAAUGCAAUGUGUGUAGUUAUCUGUACGUAUCAUGCUUUGAAGCAUUUCGUGCACGCUGCCAUUUUGGCUGUAUGGCAAUUUACAGCUCUCCCAUUGGUUGAUGUGUGUCACUUUGACCAUACGUCACAUUAAGUUGAUACCUUAUCACUGACAAAGAGGGCGCACUAAGUAUUCUCCGUGUUCUUUUUUACUAUGAUUUUCAAUAAACAAAUUAUACUAAAACGUCCCUUCAUACAAUGAACUUUUUUUAAAAGCUGUAUGGCAAAGUAUUAAAUAUAACGAUCGAAUGUGUAGAUAUUGUUAAUGACUCUGUAUAUACUAUUUUUAAUUGUAAGCAGUUCGCUUCUCGUUUUUUUUGUAUUGACGGGCGGCCAUCUUUAGUCUGGCGUCCUAAACGCAUGGUAUGGAUUAUUAAUGGUAUGAUGGAACAUCAAGUUUGGGUACCAUAAUUUAGUAAAAGAAUAAUGAGUGUGUAAUUAAAAACAUUUAGAGAAUGUUACCUUUAAAAAACUACUUGAAUAUGUGUAUUUUAACCGAUAAAGGCGUCGUAGCUCUGUAAAAAUGUAGCAUUGUAUACUGUACAAAAACACAGCUCAAAAGUCGGCAUAUGGUUUGACAAGUUUAACAAAAUCAUUUGCUGCGAUCGUUAAAAUGUAUUAUGAUGACUAUUUAUUGAGUAUUAUUGAAAUUAUAAUUUUGAAAAAGAAGAAGUUAGCACCCACUUUAAUAUGGUACUUUACAGCAUUAAACACAGUCUCACUUGAAAAUAAACAAAUUCCGUAGUCUGAAAUUUGGAUGAAGUGCCUUGCAAUACCGUAGGCCCCUUUUUCGUGUUACCACCAUUUUGGUUUACUCUGUUUAAAUGUGUAACCAACCUGAUGCUGGAAGGGGAUAGUCUGGUCCUUUUUCAUAAAAUUAAUGCAUAGUGUACCAACUAACUCCUCACUGUUGAUACAGACAUCCUAGCAAAGAGGGCCGGAAUGUUAUAAAUAUUGUCUGUUUCAUCUACCAAUAUGAUUUAUGAAUGGAUACAAUUUUAUGCAAAUUAGCAAAUUUGCAUGCAAAACAAUUUACAUAUAAGGCCUAUGUAUACGAAUAAGUCCACAUUCAGCUGCAUAUUAAAUACACUCUUAGGGCCUAUAUAAUGCGUUUCGUAGACUCCAUAGUAAAACGGUGCUGUAUAGUAAUUACUGAUUUAAUAACGUUGAGUUUUUGACUGCUCUUUUCAGAGCCAUUGCAUUGUGGCUUGUGUUCUCACCGUGACAUUUCAAACAUUGUUGAGUUGAGACAAUUCUAAAACCUUCUUGAUCUACACCAACGAUACGAAGGGUCUUGUUUUCAGUUUGUUUCUGACAACACUUCGUUUUCCAUAAUGGUGUAAAAUCGAAAUAACCAACACUUCAAAAUAUACUUCACUUAAAAGAUAUUUUUUUUUGAGAUGUACAAAUUUAUCUGAACAUUUCUCAUAUAUUAAAAUUAAUAACCAUAUCCUGUUUUAAGGCGAAGUGGUUGAUACGAGUUAUGAUUUAUAUACUGAAAUUGCUGUUAUUAAUUUAGCAUGUACGUGUACAUUGUGCCUGAACCGCAUUAAUGUACCUUUUUAUAUCAUAGUAUAAUGCAUUGCAUUCGGUGCAGUGUAUUUCAUGUAUUUAUAUAAAUAAGGCUUUUUUUGCAUCUACUUUUACGACGAAAUAAACAAAAUAUUUCUUAUAAAAUGCAAA